AUGUCGGAUGACGGUAGGGAUGCGACGUUGGCCCAGAGCCACGCCGCGACCGCAGGAGCGAUGAGAUCACUUCAAAGUAAAAUCAGGUAUCCCCAUGGGAUAGCUGUGCUGGGAAUGGGGAUCUCGGAGUGUUUCGGGGGGGAGCCUGAGGAAGCAACGUUCCUCUUGGAUGGUCGAUGUCAUCGGCCCGCCCUUAGUCAGCCCACACGUGCCCUCAUGGUUUAUUAUAUUCGUUUUCUCAAGACACCGAGGUUUCAAAAACAGAAACCUGGGUCUAUAUCCGUCUCCGCUCUAAUUUGCAUCACUACAGACCUGGGAGACGCUUUUCUCGCACAAGAUGUGAACUUGCUUGUAACACUGAGUCUCAAUGACUCUGGUAAACUUCUGUAUCAGGAACCAUUGAGCUGGAAGGCUGGAAGGCGCGAGCUCCCAAUAAUGCUCGGGCCCUUUUCUGCCAAUAUAUCUCAGCAGACAAUUGUUCUAGGCGUGACGGCCACAAGUCCGCAGAAGCGGUCUCCCUCACCAGAUCGCUUGCUGGGCAAUUCUAGUCUUCCUCUAGUCAUGUCGGCCUGGAGCGCACCUUUUGGUGGGUCGCCGUCCUCAGUAGCAGAGAAGCUUGUUGAAAGACGCUUUGGACCCCAGGAUCGUCUAGGCUUGAGGAUAUGGGAAGAGACUGGAACAGUAUCGCUCGGCAUAUCUGGCUUACAUAUCUCCAGGGAUGCGGCGGUGGCUUCGGUCGUAUACCUUCAGCAGAUAGUGGCAGGAGAUCCUGCGGUCUCUGUGCCAUUAUUGCAGGGCCUUCUUCGGGGCGAACGCAACACUCCUCUCCAUGUUCUCGAACUAGGAUCAGGAUGUGGCGUUGUAGGAAUUGCUCUUGCUGAGCUUCUCCCUCAUUGUUCUGUAGUACUCACAGAUCUGCCUGAGGUGGAGGAAAUUGUGACACAGAACAUAGCUGUUGCGAAGCCGGCCGAUUCCUCUGAGCUCGAGUUCAGCACCCUUGACUGGGAUGAGGAACUUCCGAGUGACUUGUGUGGUGGUUCGGUAGAUCUGGUCCUCGUUUCAGAUUGUACUUAUAAUGCAGACAGCUUGCCUGCGCUAGUCUCAGUACUAAGCCGAUUAGUGCAAAUGUCGCCUGAGGCUGUCAUCUUGGUGGCAUUGAAGAGACGUCAUGAAAGCGAGUCUAUUUUCUUCGAUCUGAUGCAGUCUGCUGGGCUCCAUAAUUUGCACCUAGAUCGGAAGCAGCUCCCAUCGCAACACGGUCAAUUUGACGACAUUGAAUUGCGUUGUUACGGCAGAGAAAGGGUGGCGGUACAUACUCCCUUAAAGUCAAAAUCAGCAUUUGCUGCAAAGGCAACUGAUCACAGCUGCACAGCCCUACCAAGGCUAGGAGCAGAGCUAAGAAACCAUGGUCGGUCGUGCAAGGUUGCAGCUCUUACACCUGCACCUGAUGGCUUAGCAAUGCAGCUCUUUAGUGGCAUCUAG